CUUGCUCUUGUCAUUUGGGCAUCUUGCUGUUUUGCCAAUUGCUCCAAUUGCUCCAGAUCUUCCUGGCUAUUUUCUUAGUCUCGUCAAUCGCGCUGCGCCGGGAUGCUUCGAGUAUCCCCUCGCUCAAAACGUGACGUACGCAAGUAAAACUUGUGCUUGCUCUCCUUUGCCCACUGCCCAUUGAGGAUUUGCGAUUCGUCUCCGAGCCGAUCGGAAGUUUAGGGAACCACUUUCGUUCUAGAGCCCCGAGCGUACAACAGUUUCACUUGCAGCCGACAGCGAAUCGCGUCGAUUACCUUCCUUGAUUUAUCAGCAUAUCCCGUUCGAAGUCCCUAGCCAUGCCCGCUAAGGCAAGCAAUGGUGCUGCCGCCGUCGCACCGGCAACGUCUUCCGCCAAGCGUUUCGAACUUCCCGCUCUGGAAUUUACAUUCGGGUCCUUAACCGACGGUACUGACAUUCCACCGCCGUUACCAUCCCCCAAGGAGGAGGCCCCGUCACCGCCGAAGACACCGACACCUCACCCGAUCGAAGUCGAGAAGAAGCAGGAAGUAAAUGGAACCACUAAUGGUCAUGGUACAGCCCCUAAUAAGCCCGAACUCACCGCAAUCCCGGCCAGCAUCGGCAUGAAGCGUCUUGCAGAAGAUGUUCCGGCAUCACCUACGCUGUCAAGCCGCAGGAGCCUUAGACGUCUACUUAGCAAAACAUUACUGAACCAUGCUUACGAUGAACAAGGAUCACUGCUUAGCCCGGGUACCUCCAGACCUCCAAGCCGGACGGCGAGCUCUAUCGCGGAUGAGAGAAAGUCAAAGCGCUCCAGUGGCUGGUUUAAACGGUUACGGACGAACGAUCACACCAACAAUAGCAAGAGAGCGAGCCAAAUUUUCGAGGAACCGAAGAAACCGCUUGGCCCGCCUCCGCCGAUGAUUCCUGAGCUUAGCGCACUUGAAGCCAAGGUCGACACUCAUCUAGGGGACGACCUAUUCAAGGGAAUUAAAUAAAGAAUUGAACUUAAAAGAUAUCCCAUUUUCUACCAUGAUUUGGUUACAACUACCUUCGACGUUUCGCGGACUUUGGAUACCAAUUUUCAACCACUUGCCAUAAUCAUCCGACGGCAAAGUAAUAUUUCAUCAUUGAUACGACGAUUAUUUCGAUGCGAGAGGAGGAGGCGUUGCUUUUAAGAAAAGCCUUCUGGGGAUGGAUUAUUAGAUACCCAGCUCCUGCGCGAGCUCAUUCUACGACAAUACCUUGUCAAUUCUUGUUUCAGCAUUUUAUUUUUAUUUUUAUCUUACAUUCAACUU